AUGAAUUCAUCAGGCAAUUCCAGUACACCACAAAUACGAUGGGGUAUCAUAGGUAACGCACUCUUCGAAGGCUUGCUCAGCAUCUCUGGAGAAGGCUAUCGCGAGGUCUAUUGUGAUCCUGACGUGGACGUUGCGUAUAUUGGCACAAUCCACACAUUUCAUGAAGAAAACUGCCUCGAUGCGAUAGCUGCAGGCAAGAAUGUUGUCUGCGAAAAGCCCUUCACAAUCAACUCAAAAGAAGCGCGAGAAGUGAUUGAAGCGGCAAAGGCACGGAACGUUUUCCUAAUGGAAGCCAUGUGGACACGUUUCACGCCUUUGGUGCACAGCUUGCGCAAGAAGCUCUUCGAAGAGAAAGUUAUUGGAGAUAUUCAAAGGACUUUCUGCGACUUUGGCCUCGACAUGAACAUAUCAAGUCUUGGCCCCGAGUCCAGGCUGAAAAACCCGAACUUGGGGGCCGGAUGCUUACUAGACAUUAGAAUUUAUUCCUUAACCUGGGGACUUCUGACCCUGGACCCAAAACUUGGUGACCAGCGAGAGACACCAAUAGUGGUCAGUAUUCAGAGUCUAUCUGACAGAGUGGACCACAGCACCAGUAUCUUGCUCAAGUACUAUCCCAGUGGAAGGCACGGAAUACUGACAGCUACCACUUUGGCUAAAAGCGGUCGCGAAUUCUGUCGAAUAGAGGGGAGCCAAGGACAUGUGAUUGUGGAAGGCCGCGUCGCGUCGGCACCAGAGUCGUUCACCGUGUCGCCAAAGAAUACCACCUCUUCUGCAGUAGGAGAUGCGAAAGCCGAGCGAGCCCAAAACGACCACCAGCGUUACACAUUCGAGAAGCUCGGUCGCGGAUUUUAUUGGGAAGCAGACGCUGUAGCUAUCGAUAUAGCUGCGGGGAGAACACAGAGUCAAGUCAUGCCGCUCUCGGAGACCCUCAAGACCCAUGAGAUCAUGGAUGAGGUCAGGAGACAAGGAGGGGUGCAAUAUCCGCAAGAUCAGUAG